GACAUAUAAUAAAAACCUGGUUUAGUUUCAAUACUCUACAUGCAAUUUGUUGGUUCUCGUGGAAAGAAAGAAAUUUCAGAAUAUUUGAAGGAAGAGCUCAGACGAGUAAAGCAAUUAAUCUCAACAUCAUUACUGCAUGGUUCAGUGGCUACAAGCAACCUGGAAGAUUGAGGGAACCCAAGCUGAAGGGUUGUUUACUAAUUACUUUGCUCAUAUGGUUUUGGCUGAGUAGUUUUUCCCUCAUGUGUGUAUGUUUCAAUAGUUUUGUGUGGUUCUACUGGUCGAUGUUUUGACCUUUUGUUGGGGCUGUCUCUUGCCCUUUUCUUUGUUUAGUUUUCUCUUUGACCAAGGAUCCUUAUUCUCAUAAAUAAUGAAAAUAAGCUCUUUUCCUUGUGUCUUUUUUGAGUUUGUACAUUGACUCUUUGUGGUUCUUUAAUUUAAGUUCUUAUCGUCAUAAUCUAAGAAAUAUAACACAUGGCUCGUCCUUAUUUUCUUAGAUGGCUGGUAAGCUAAUUAAGCAACAAACUAAAUUGCUAAAUUCACAUGGUGUUGCUAAAAUCAUAUUUGCGAAGGAAGACCAUGUUCCAACACUAGAGCAGUAUAAGAUGGACGCAUGUGUCAUUACUCAUAAGUGGUUUCCCCAUCCCAUAUGCACAUCUGCUUUCGUAAUCAUUAAUCAUUCACCUUUGUGUCUAAUUGCAAUAGGUUCAAAUUACGACAAAUGGAGUUCUAAGUAAACUAAGUUCAUGGUCACGGAUAUAAUUGUAUAAAUUUUUUCAAACAUUACUAAUGAAGUGAACAUUCAUAUUUUUAGUUAUAAGUAUAUUGAAGAAUAUGCUACACAUUAAAAUACCUAUUUAACUUUUUUAUGUAAUUAACUUGACUAUUGAACAAAACGUAGUAGAAAGUUGAGUUUGAAUUCCAUUUUUGAUUUAUUCUAAUUAUCUCAAAUAUAUUGUGUGUUUAUAAUCAGAGAUAUUAUUAAUUAAUUUUUACUAAUUUAUUUUAUUCUUGUUUUCUUAUUUGCAAUACUUACGAAAAAUUUAGCCUCUUCUACUUUCAAAUCCUGACACCGCCCCUAUUUGUUGGAUAUUUCCUCCUUAAGACGUUGCGCUGGUUGUGUCAUCUGUAUUGGCCUCUUUCCCUUCUUUUCUUUGUAUCUUCUUUUCUUUUCUUUUCUUUACACCGUUGAUGUAUAUUUCUUUGGUAAUGAAUGUAGGAUCAUAUGAGGCUGGGCUUAGCUAGUAUUUUUGGGGUGCCUGUUGAAGGUUGAACAGGAGCAGCAGCUUUGAAGAAUCCGAAUCCUUUCUGGAGAAGGAUUACUUAAGGCGCCAAGUUUAAAGUUUGAAUGGAAUAAAGGAAAACGCCGCCGUUUCAGUUAGAACCAUAAGUGAGAGAGUGGGGGAUCGUGCAAGGUCAAGAUGAGACUGAAGCACAGGGGUUUAUAAUCUCGUUAUUGGUCAAUUAAUAAAGAUGUCAGAUUGCAUCAUAUUGAGUUAACAUUGUGGUAUCAGAGCUCAAGCAAGCUGUAACCAGAAAAGCUUUCAAGCAAAGAGUGUUCGAGUGCUUUCAAGCAAAGAGUGAUAGAGUUAGAAGUCUGUUUGAAUAGUACAGACUGGGGUUGGGAAACACGAGAGUUACGGUGAGGUAAUUCAAUUCAGGGUGAGUGCAAACUACUGUCAAGUAGUUGUGAAUCUGUCAAGAUGAGUGAUUCAGGGAGCUUUGCUCAAGUAGGUCUUCCUCGAUUUGAUGGAGAUUAUGAUCACUGGAGUCUUCUUAUGGAGAAUCUGCUGCGAUCGAAGGAAUAUUGGCCUGUGGUUCGUGAUGGUUUGGCAGAACAGAAGGAGGGAGAAGAACUAUCUGAAGUUGAGACCAAGUCAAGAGAUGAUCAGCUGCUGAAGGACUUGAAGGCAAAGAAUUAUCUCUUCAAUUCCAUUGACAAGUCCAUCCUCAGGACUAUCUCCAAUAAAGGUACUGCCAAGGAUCUAUGGGAUUCAAUGAAGCUAAAAUAUCAGGGCAAUGCUAGGGUCCAGAAAUCAAAUCUGCAGGCUUUAAGAAGAGAUUUUGAAAUCAUAGAGAUGAAAGAGGGGGAAUCUGUGAAUAGCUACUUUAGCAGAAUCAUGACCAUAGCCAAUGCCAUGAGAAACUGUGGAGAUGAGAUGCCUGAUGUGAAAAUUGUUGAAAAAGUGCUCAGGACUCUCACAGACAGGUUCAAUUAUGUGGUCUGUUCCAUUGAGGAGUCUAAGGACAUUGAGGAGCUCUCUGUAGAUGCUCUUCAAAGUUCUCUAGUUGUUCAUGAACAGAAAUUCAGGAAAAAGAGUUCUUUGGCCUGCGCUUUGCUGCCGUAGAAAAUUAAUUAUAUUUAAAAUUUUAACUAUUUUUUGAAUUUAGCAUGAAUAAAAUAAUUCACAAAAUUGUCUUGGUUAGAUACCUUCAUAAGUUUUUUGUAGUAUCUUAAAUAUUAGGAAAGACUAACGCCAUACAUUUGAUUAAGCUGUUAUGUAAAAUUGAACAAACCUGAUGAAACCUUGCAUAUUGAUGAUAUGGUGAAUAUUUUUGUUAGUGUUAAAAAAUUUUAGUUAAUAAUAAAGGAAUUAAGGUAUG